AUGUUAAUAUGUCAUCUCUCUGCAGGUGCCCUCACAGUCGGUCUGGUCCGACAGUGUCAGACCAUCCACGGGCGAGACCGGACCUGUAUCCCCCCCCGGCUGCCCCCGGAGUGGGUCACCACACUGUUCUUCAUCAUCAUGGGCAUCAUCUCCCUCACAGUCACCUGUGGACUGCUCGUGGCAUCACACUGGCGCCGAGAAGCCACCAAAUACGCCCGAUGGAUCGCCUUUACUGGCAUGAUCCUGUUCUGCAUGGCGGCGCUCAUCUUCCCCAUAGGCUUCUAUAUCAACGAGGUGGGGGGGCAGCCGUACAAGCUGCCCAACAACACGGUGGUGGGCUCCUCGUACGUGCUCUUUGUCCUCUCCAUCUUCUUCACCAUAGUGGGACUUCUGUUUGCCGGCAAAGUCUGCCUCCCAGGCUGAGGACUGCACCCCGCCCGCCUCUGGACUGACACACGAGGCUCUGAAAAUGUUACGGGAUUUACAAAAAACACAAUGACUGAAAAUUAAGAACAACAAACUCUGGCUAAAAGCCCGACACAGGGAAGUCUUUGAUUUUGUGUCAAGGGACCGCAGCACCACGGAGUAUCUAACGAACAAAAAGACUAAAAGAGGCGACAUGGACACAAUAGGGUGGAGGAGAGGGAGAGAGGGCGAGAGAGGCUGCUGCAGCACCCUGCCACUGUUGAUUUAAAAUAUGGCCAUCUCUGUUGUUGUUCUGUUGGAAGAGGGUGCUUAAUGUGCUGCUGUCAUGGCAACUGCGGUCCCGAUGCUGGCACCCAUUUCUUGAGGACCUCGCCCGGUCGCCCGCUGCAGCGCCCUCAGCACACACCCGCGCCGUCACGACUGCUCCGGAUGCUAUUUUUGGCUCCUCUUAGCUAUUUCUGUUGUUUUGUUUUUGUACAUUUUGUGUUCUCGUUUUGUUUGUUUUUCCUUCCAACCUCCGCCGCCUUUUCACUUAAGUAGCUUGAGUGUUAUUGAGGCUCACUGAGCUGAGUCUUUGAGGGUCGUUUUUUUGCCAGCUUGGCUUUAGAGCAGGGUUUAUUCUCGCACACCACUUCCCGAGGCCCCAGGUGUGCGGCUGGGCUGAGCAGCUGUGAGCGCAGCUGUCUGCUGUGGAUGAGAGGGGGGGGCAGGUCUGAGAGGGGGGGGCAGGUCUGCCGCCUCUCAGGCUCCCACCAGCUGCAGCUCAGGAGCAGGUAGCAGCGUAGGGCCCCCCCCCCCGGGCCGCAGACGGGAGGGCGAGUAAUGUAAAGGAGAAUGCCACUCAAUGGAUGACCUAGCAAACAUCUUGGCCAAUAACUAGAAAAACUGUGCAUUUAGAAAAGGAUCAUCUGAAUAGAAAGACAACUCUUGUAUUUGUUGUAAUGAUUCUGUUAAACAUGACCACAAAGUAGAGUAUUGCAUCGCUGUGGUGUUACAUUUUAGAAGGGUAGAGAUGACCUUGUAUAACACUAAUUGUAGCAGACAGUAUUGACUUUUUAUAAAUAGAAGAUAAAGUUGAAAAUAACACAAGCGAAUCAUGGCAAUUGGUGGUAUUCUCCUUUUUAAUGUUGGACAGGAAGGAAGCGAGCCAGGAGCUUUUUUUUGUCUUGUGGAGCCACAGGGACUGCAGGUCAGGUCCAUGGGGCUGGGCCUCAGGCUGCUCCUUUUGAGGUCUGUGAACACACACACACACACACACACACACACACACUUGUCUGUAUACUGUACAUUUUCAGCAACAAACUAUUAUUUUUCAUUUCGUAAUGCUUCAUUUUGUGUGUGUGUGUGUGUGCAAUCACGGAGCUCUGUUGCAAAGUCUUUACAGUUUGUUUCAUACUUCUGUUUCCUGCUCAGCUUCUCUCCCUCUCAGUCUGAUGAAAUGUACGGCUGCGACACUCUGCAGUGCCCCCCCCCCUCCCGUCUCGGUCGGUCCGUAUUGUGCCAUGACCUGUUUUUGUUUAAUAAUGUACAGCCACUCAAAAGGCAGGAUCUCUGCAUUAGGAAGCACUGUGCGUUGGACAGUAUAGGUAACAUAGAAGCACCACAAAUGUAUAAAAAAGAGAGAACUUCUUACCUCAUUGUUUUUGUUUCUGCUAUUAUUUUCUAAUGGUGGCAAUGUGUGCCCACAAGUUGUCUCUUGCCUUGAUCGGAUGUCUUCACAUAAAGCCUAUGAUCAUAGGAAAUUAUUUAUCACUGAAUAAAAAGAGGAAAAAUG